AUGGAGAUUCCACCAGAACCUGAUCCAUCCAUCUCUCAAAAAUGCCCUUCAACCCAAACCCUUCUUCUCCCUGAAAUCUCACUCCCGAAAUGCCAUGCUUUCCUCUUCCCCCUCCUAACCCCACUUCUCCAAUCCUUCUGGGUAUUCCCUCAAUCGCAAAAAGACAUGGUCUUUGCUAAAAUCGCUUCAGUUGUCUCCACCAAAUUCGCAAAUUCAAACUCUUACCUUCCUCUCCCCAACAACCUCCGAGUCUCUUCCUCUCUCCAGGAUCUCUCAUCGUACCGCCACCUCGACUCCACGCAACCCCUUUACAAGCCCCCACCACUCUCCUCUUCCUCGCGCCACAAAUGCCUCAAACUCGCACUGUUCCUCGCCUCCUUCCUCCUCCUAAUCUACCUCUUCUUCUUCCUUCUUUACUCCUAUUGGAACCACGGUUCCGGCAAGUACUACGUUGUACUCGAUUGCGGUAGCACCGGCACGCGCGUUUAUGUCUACCACGCUUCCGUUCGGUUCCAAAGCCAAAGCAAUCUUCCAAUUGCUGUUAAAUCCUUGAGGGGUAGCGUGCACAAGAAGCCUAGUGGUCGUGCCUAUGAUCGAAUGGAAACCGAACCUGGAAUUGAUAAACUAGUGCACAACGUGUCUGGGUUGAACAAUGCGUUGAAGCCGUUGCUUAGGUGGGCCAAGAAGCAGAUUCCAGUUCAUGCUCAUAAGUCUACUUCGUUGUUUCUUUAUGCCACUGCUGGGGUGAGGAGGCUUCCGGUUAUUGAUUCUACUUGGCUGUUAGAUAAUGCUUGGUCUGUGCUUAAAAACUCUCCCUUUGUGUGUGAGAGGGAUUGGGUUAAGAUUAUCUCUGGCCCCGAGGAGGCUUAUUUUGGGUGGAUUGCUCUUAAUUAUGAUAAUGGCAUUUUGGGGGUUAGGCCUAGGAAGGCUACAUAUGGGGCACUUGACUUGGGUGGUUCUUCCUUGCAGGUCACGUUUGAGAGUGAUCAACAGAUGAAUAAUGAGACUAGUUUGUAUGUUAGGAUUGGAUCUGUUAGCCAUCAUCUCACUGCGUAUUCCCUCGCGAGGUACGGUCUUAAUGAGGCAUUUGGUAAGUCUGUGGAGUAUCUAUAUAGGAAAGAGAUUGGUUUGGGUAAUGUUGAAGUAAGUAGCAGUGAAAAUAUUGAGUUGAAACAUCCUUGCUUACAUGAUGGAUACAAGAAUGAAUACUUUUGUUCUCGUUGUUCGUCUAAUAACAAAAGUGGGGAUAGAGGGUUGGGGACUCCAUUAGUGCUUGUUGGUGCUCCUGAUUGGAAGGAGUGCAGUGCACUAGCGAAAAUUGCUGUGAAUUUGUCUGAAUGGUCUGAUCGUGGCACUGGCCUUGAUUGUGGAGCGCAGCCUUGUGCAUUGCCAGACAAUCUGCCUCGCCCCUAUGGACAUUUUUAUGUGAUUUCUGGAUUUUAUGUUGUGUAUAGGUUUUUCAACUUGACUUCUGAGGCUACGCUUGAUGAUGUGUUGGCAAAGGGUAAGGGUUUCUGUGGAAUGAUAUGGGAUGUUGCAAAGAGAAGUGUUGCUCCCCAACCCUUUAUAGAGCAGUAUUGCUUUAGGGCACCUUACAUUGCCUCUCUGCUGAGGGAGGGUUUGCACAUUAAUGAUAACCAGAUAACUGUUGGUUCUGGAAGUAUCACUUGGACACUUGGGGUUGCCUUGUUGGAAGCUGGAAAGGCAUUUUCCACUAGAUUUGGGCUUCAUGACUUGGAGCUUUUCCAGAUGAAGAUAAAUCCUCUUGCUCUUUUGCCCAUUUUGUUGCUUUCCUUUAUUCUACUUCUUUGUGCUUUGUCAUGUGUUUGCAAAUGGAUGCCAAGGUUUUUCCGGAGGCAAUAUCUUCCGAUUUCCAGGCAUAACAGUGGUUCUGGUGCUUCUGUUCUUAACAUACCAUCUCCUUUUCGGUUCCGUCAUUGGAGUCCAAUGAAAUCUGGGGAUGGAAGGUUAAAGAUGCCACUCAGCCCUAAAAUUGAAGGUUCACAUAAAAGUCCGUUUGGUCUAGGGCAUGGUCUUGAAGACAUCGGUGGUGGCAUCGAGCUUAUGGAGUCUUCAUCAUACACAUUAGCUAGUAACAUCUCACAUAGUUAUUCCUCAAACAGUUUAGGGCAGAUGCAGUUUGACAGUGGCAACAUGGGUGCUCUCUGGUCCCCCCACAGAAGUCAGAUGCAUCUGCAGAGUAGGCGAUCACAGUCUCGAGAGGACCUCAAUUCCUCAUUGGCUGAAGUUCAUCUGGUCAAGGUUUAG